AGAACUCAUCACGUUGCGAUAUACACUGAAAUGUAACUAAUGGAUAUAUUAAGAUAUUUCUUGAAUGUGUUGUAAUCGCAACCGCUGUCUUACGGAUCGGAAUAUUAAACUUUACUGGGAUUUAUUCUGAGUGCAAAGGAUGGAGAGAACAAUGGGGGGACUAGUGCUGUUGUUAUUCUCAUUCCUCUUCCUCUCUCCGGUGGCUGGCCAGGUCAGCUACUCAAUUCCCGAAGAAAUGCCAAAAGGAUCGUUAAUCGGUAACAUCGCUCGGGAUUUAGGUUUGGACAAUAAAAGGUUAUCCUCGGGAAAAGCUCGAAUUUUUACUGGAGACAACACGGACUACAUCGAGCUGAAGAGAGAACGGGGAGUCCUCCUUGUCAAAGAAAAAAUAGACAGGGAGCUGCUUUGUGGGCAGACAACGCCUUGCGCUCUUCAUUUCCAGGUUAUUCUGGAAAAUCCCAUGGAAUUGUACACGGUUUCUGUUGAAAUUGUCGACAUAAAUGAUAACGCUCCACUAUUUGAAAAAUCGGAUAUGAAAUUUAAGAUAAGCGAGUCUGCAGUGAUAGGAGCAAAAUUCUUGUUGGAGAGAGCCAUAGAUCCCGAUGUUGGCAUGAACACUCUUCAGAGUUAUUUUCUCACAAAAACAGAACAUUUUGUUUUGAAGUUGAAAGAUCAACCAGAUGGUGAAAAGAUUGUUGAAAUGGUUUUGCAAAAACCUCUUGACAGAGAGAAACAGGAGGAGCUCUUUUUGGUGUUAACUGCAGUUGACGGAGGAGAACCACAGUUAUCUGGCACAGCAAAAAUACACGUUACAGUGCUUGACGCUAAUGACAAUGCGCCAGUUUUUACUAAACCACUUUAUAAAGCUGCUAUUGCCGAAAAUGCCUCUAAGGGUACAGUUGUAAUACGAGUCGACGCAUCUGACGCUGAUAAAGGAUUAAAUUCCAACAUAAUUUAUUCUAUCUCUAAUACAGUAGCAGAGAUACGAGAUUUGUUUAAAAUGAAUGAAUCAAAUGGUGAUCUAAUUUUGACUGAUAGUAUAGAUUAUGAAAAAGCUCGUUUCUAUCAAAUACAUAUCCAAGCAAGUGAUGAAGGAGGAUUAACAGAUUCUUGUAAAGUAACUGUUGAUGUUAUAGACAUUAAUGACAACAAACCAGUCAUUAAUAUAUUAUCACAGACUAACGUAAUUCCAGAAAACUCCAAACCAGCCACAGUUGUGACUAUGGUAAAUGUUCAGGAUAUAGAUUCAGGGAACAAUGGCAAAACUUACUGUAACAUUAAUGAACGAAUUCCCUUUGCAUUAAAAUCAGCAACAAAUGGUUUCUUUAAUCUUGUUACAGACAGUGAAUUAGACAGAGAGAGAGCCUCUGAGUAUAACAUAACAGUGACCUGCUCUGAUGAAGGAGUCCCCUCCCUCUCCAGCAGCGUCACUCUCACCUUACAGAUCUCUGAUGUGAAUGACAACGCGCCUGUCUUUGAGAGGAGCUCAUAUGAGGCCUACAUUGUAGAAAACAACACACCAGGUAUCUCUAUAUUCACAGUGAAAGCCACAGACGCUGACUGGAACCAGAAUGCCCGUGUUUCUUACAUACUGGAGGACUCCUCUGUUAACGGAGUACCAGUCUCCUCAUAUGUGUCCGUUAGUGCUGAUAGUGGAGUCAUCCAUGCAGUGCGCUCUUUUGACUACGAGCAGAUCAAAGAUUUCCAUUUCCGGAUCAAAGCGCAGGAUGGAGGCUCUCCUCCACUCAGCAGCAACAUGACUGUUAAAAUCCUGAUCCAGGAUCAGAAUGAUAACCCACCUCAGGUUCUGUACCCAAUCCAGACUGGUGGUUCUGUGGUGGCUGAAAUGGUGCCUCGUUCAGCAGAUGUGAGCUACCUGGUGACUAAAGUGGUGGCUGUUGAUGUGGACUCUGGUCAGAACGCCUGGCUCUCCUAUAAACUGCAGAAAGCCACAGACAGGGCGCUGUUUGAAGUGGGCUUACAGAAUGGAGAAAUAAGAACUAUCCGUCAGGUGACUGAUAAAGAUGCUGUGAAACAGAGACUGACUGUUAUAGUGGAGGACAACGGGCAGCCCUCUCGUUCAGCUACAGUCAUUGUUAACGUGGCGGUGGCGGACAGCUUCCCUGAAGUGCUGUCGGAGUUCACUGACUUUCCACACGAUAAGGAGUACAAUGACAACCUGACUUUUUACUUAGUGUUGGCUCUGGCUGUGGUCUCCUUCCUCUUCAUCACGUGUUUAGUGGUUAUUAUAUCAGUGAAGAUCUACAGAUGGAGACAGUCCCGCAUCCUGUAUCACUCCAGCCUCCCUGUGAUUCCAUAUUAUCCUCCACGUUACUCAGACACUUUGGGAACAGGGACUCUGCCACAUGUGUACAACUACGAGGUGUGCAGGACGACUGACUCCAGAAAGAGUGACAAUAAGUUCGGUGGAGCUGGUAGUCAGAACGUGUUGAUAAUGGAUCCCAGUUCGACAGGGACGAUGCAGCGAAUACAGAGUGAGAAGAACAUCCUGGAUGAACCUGACUCUCCUCUAGAGGUGAGGAGCGCUGUGAUCACUAUUAAAUAA